GGUCAAAGUUUUAGAUAUAUUUAUAUGCUUAUAUUAAUAUGACUUCGCUUAAUGAACUACGAGCUUUCAUUGUUGGAUGGACGGGAGCAUGCGGCGAAGCGUUAUCCAAGGAGCUGGCAAAGAAUAAUCAUUUCAAACAAGUUAUUCUUAUUGGACGAAGAGAAGUAAAAUUAGGAGAAGAUGAUCCACGAUCGAAGUUUCAACAAGCUGUUGUGGACUAUGACAACUUGGAGCAAUCGCGUGAUGUUUUCAAGGACUGUGCUGUCGGUUUUAUGACAUUGGGAACUACUAGAGGUCAGGCUGGCGCAGACGGAUUUGUGAAGGUUGACUACGAAUACACUAUGAAUGCAGCUAAAAUAGCGAAAGAGUGCGGAUGUAAACAGUUGAAUUACGUUUCUUCUCAGGGAGCUCACAAAGACAGUAUGUUUUUGUAUCCGCAAACGAAGGGAAAAGUAGAACACGAGCUAACCCAACUGGGUUUUGACCAGCUGUUUAUCCACAGACCAGCGUUGUUGCUCAGAGGCGAGAAGUCACGUGGAGUCGAGAAACUGGGGCAUAUACUAAUGAAACCGGUAACUGCGUUUAAGCCAACUUGGAACCAAAUCAGGGUCGAAGAUGUAGCCAGAAGCUUGAUGGCAAAAAGCGCGGAAUUUGGAAAAGGAAAUAAAACUGAAAUACUUUCUAAUGCGCUAAUGCACGAGGCUGCGAAGUCUUUGGAGGCUUAAGAUUCUAUUGCAACAAAAACUGUCGGUCAUCGAACUGUCGGUGAAACAAAAUUUCUAUCUCUUCAAUCUAUUUCGAAUUUUAAUGCCUUUAUAUACUAAUGUACAUAUAAACGAGUAAAUUAUUGUUUUAUA